GCGCGGGCGCCAUGGAGGACGCGCUGAGGCGGGAGCUCGGCACGGCGCUGCUGCGGCACACCGGGCACACCGGCGGCGGCUGCAUCAGCCAGGGCCGCAGUUACGACACGGACCGCGGCCGGGUGUUCGUCAAGAUCAACUCCCAGGCGGAGGCCAGAAGAAUGUUUGAGGGAGAAAUGGCAAGUUUGGAAGCCCUCCUGAAAACACAGGCGAUAAAAGUGCCUAAACCCAUCAAAGUUAUAGAUCUGCCUGGGGGCAGCACAGCGUUUGUGAUGGAACAUUUGGAAAUGAGGGGCUUAAACAGACAUUCAGCUCUUCUUGGAACACAGCUGGCUGAUCUUCACCUUCAUAACCAGCAACUUGGAGAGAAGCUGAAGAAGGAAGAGAGCACAGUUGGUAAAGGGCAAGGGCAAACAGAAGUCCAGUUUGUGGAUCAGUUUGGCUUUCAUACAGUUACCUGCUGUGGCUAUCUUCCACAGGUGAAUGACUGGCAGAGUGACUGGGUGACCUUCUUUGCCAAACAAAGAAUCCAGCCCCAAAUGGACAUGAUAGAAAAGAAUUCAGGAGACAGGGAAGCAAGAGAACUUUGGGCACAACUUCAGCUGAAGAUACCCAGUUUGUUCUGUGAUGUAGAAAUUGUUCCUGCUCUCCUGCAUGGAGAUCUCUGGGGAGGAAACGUAGCUGAGGAUGAUUCUGGUCCAAUUAUCUUUGAUCCGGCUUCUUUCUAUGGUCAUUCAGAGUAUGAGCUUGCAAUAGCUGGGAUGUUUGGUGGCUUCAGCAGUUCUUUUUAUUCUGCUUAUCACAGUAAAAUUCCCAAAGCUGCAGGGUUUGAGAAACGCCUGAAGCUUUAUCAGCUGUUUCACUACAUGAACCAUUGGAACCAUUUUGGUUCAGGAUACAGGGGGUCUUCUUUAAACAUUAUGAGAAACCUUGUAAAGUGACUUGCUGUCUUAGGUCAAAUACUUCACUGGUUGUUUGGAAAACCCCACACUCAUCAGUGCAGCUACAGAAGUAGUAGUGUUAAAAGAAAUCCUGUGAGAUCCCUCACCUUGUUAUUCAGCUGAAGACCUACUAUCAGUGAGCCCUGCUGAAUAACAAGUGUAACAGACAUCCCUUUUUAGGAUAGCUGGGAAUAACUUUACGAGGGAAAUAUCUACAGAAGGAGCUUAUUCAUUUGCAUAAUGAAUAAGGGUAUCAGUGUCCAGAAAGUGUUGUGUGCUUGAGACUAUGCAAGGCAGUACAAAUGAACACUGAGGAGAUGACUAGAAGAAGUGCUUAUUGCUUUUUGCUAUGUCUUCCCCCUUUAGGAUAGAUCGCUCAUAUCCUUUCAGGUUUUCAUGUCCAGUUGUGUGCACGAGGCCAGUAUUAACAACACAGUCUGAAAGUCAACAGGAAAAUUAUGUAAUGGGAACUGUGAGAAGGGAUUUGGACUUGCUAUUCGUUUUCACAGAAUGUGAAAAUGGAUAAGGUUGGAAGGGAUCACUGGAUGUCAUCUAGUUCAACCUCCCUGCUUAGGCAGGAGCCUAUGAGAGCGCAUUAAUUAGGAUUGUGUCCAGAGGCCUUGGAAGACCUCCAGUGGUCUGCUAAAGGGAUUCUGUUGAAUGGAGACUAUUCUGUUAUAAAGUGGUGUGAAAUUUUCAUGCCUUGUGAAAUCCCUGUAGGCUGUUCUGUGCUUUCUGGUCAGUUGGCUUUUAUCCACAGCAGUUUUGUUUUUACCAGUACUAGUUUUCGUUUUUUUUUGGCUUAUGCUUUUUCCAGUAGUGUGCAUUCUUAAAAGAUCUGUUCGCAUAAGAUACUUUGCAUGUACACAUCCUGUAAAGGUGUAUUCUCUUACUACUGCAAACAGAAAAUGUACUUCUUGACUGUUGUCGUUUCCCAAGGAACAAUGACAUCUGGCUAUGGUAGAGGCCUCACAUAACAUUUUCUGUAGCCUUAUAGUACAGGUGCCAUAAGCUGACAUUUUCUUUCAGUCCCUAUGGAGAAAUGCUAAAAGACAAAGCUGAGCAAAGAGAAGUGUCUCUGUUGGCAAUAGUUUACCAGAAAUAAGCUCUACAUAUAUUAGGAGCAGAGACACUGAGGGAGCUUGGUGUGCUGCCCUGAGAAAGGAAUGGAACAAGCGAUGGAGCGACACAGAGGUGUUGUGGUUGUGCCCUGUUUCAAACAAUUGCAGCUGAUGGAACUGAGCCAGAGGAAUGGCCAAACCGGUGCCCAAAAGCUGAACUUUUGUUUCACUGGCUUGCAAAUACCUAUUACUUUUAACACCCUGCAUAUGCUUAUGAAGUAAAACCUGUACAUGCUUUACAUGUACAUAUGAGUAAAGUCACUCAAACUGCACCUUAUCAUGAGAUGACAUCAACUGGAAUGUUGUAUUUUCACAACUCUCAAAGAAAAAAA